GGCAAAGUUAAAUAUUUAGGACUUUCCGAAUGCUCAGCUAAUACGCUUCGACGCGCUUAUAAGAUUCAUCCAAUCGCUGCUGUUCAGAUGGAAUAUAGUCCAUGGUCUCUUGACAUUGAGACAAAUGGACUUAAAGAAGCUUGCGAAGAACUUGGUGUUACAAUUGUCGCGUAUAGUCCAUUAGGACGUGGUUUUUUAUCGGGAAGAUAUAGAUCCGAAGAAGAUUUUGAGCCUGGCGACUCUCGCAGAGCAAAUCCUCGUUAUCCUCGUUUUACAGGAGAAAAUUUUGUAAAAAAUUUAGAACUAGUAAAAGAGAUUGAAAAGUUGGCCAAAAAGAAAGGUGUUACUUCCAGUCAACUUUGUUUGUCAUGGGUUUUAGCUCAGGGUGAAAAUAUUGUUGCAAUUCCCGGUACUAAAAAAAUUAAAUAUUUGGAGGAAAAUUUUCAAGCCGCUAAUAUUAAUUUAACCUCUGAGGAGUUGGCCGAAAUUCGAAAAAUUAUUAACUCUAUUGGAGUAGCCGGAAGUCGAUAUAGUGAAGCAAAUGCAAAGGUAAAGUAUAUUUUGGAAAAUACACAUUCCGGAUAUUCCACUUUACACAGCAGUCUGAAAUAUUAA